AUGAUCGUCGAUUCGUUCAAGAAUUUUGCGCACGAAAUCGCCGAGAAGAUAACGUCGCUCAACGCCAAUACGGAGGGAACAUUCAAGGAUCUAAGGCAACGACUCGUACAAUUAGCGAAAAGACAACCGGAAUUAUUUACAGACGCGAAUAAUAGUAACUGGGUAAACGGCACAGUAACCGAGAACAAGGACGCAAUGCCAAGGGGCAACGAUUCCGCUACAACGAUAGAGCCGGGGGAAUCAGUCGCAAAGGUAAUGAGUCAAAUAAGGAAAUGGGAUUGCCACUUUGAUGGACGCGACCCCCACUCGUUUUUGGAACGAGUCAAGGAAUUGAGCCAGGUAUAUGGAUACACAGGCGAAUACCUACUAAGAGGGCUACCGGAAAUGUUGAGAGGCGAGGCUCUAACGUGGUUCCGGAAUGGUCGCGAGAAUUGGCAUUCGUGGGAAGAAUUUCGCAGCGACUUCGAAGCGGAAUACAUACCGCGGAAGUCCCAACUCGACCUCCUCUAUGAGAACAUGCUCCCCGAAAUGAAACGAUUUAUAAGACCGGACGAGGUGGACAGUUUGGGCGAGCUACGAACGAGAGUAACGGAAGUCGAGCAGAUAGAGCAGCAAAUAAGAGAAAGAAAUCAGAGAAAACCAGAAAAUCAAAACUUACAGCCAAAAAUACCGCCAGCAGCAACAGCGCCCUAUAACAAGGACGAGUGUUGCUGGCGGUGCAAACAAAAGGGACAUAGCAGGUUUAACUGCAAAAGACCACCACGGAAGUUCUGCUCGCAAUGUGGCAAGGACGACGCAAUUAUAAAUAAAGAAGUAGAAGAAAUGUUAAAAGAGGGGAUAAUCGAAACGUCACAAAGCGCAUGGAGCUCACCGGUGGUAGUGGUCAAGAAAAAAGAUGGGAAACAUAGAUUCUGCAUAGACUUCCGUAAAUUAAAUGAGGUUACAGAAAAGGAUGCAUACCCACUGCCGCACAUAACGGAAACGCUCGAUAAGCUGCGUGGAGCUAAAUACCUAUCAACAUUAGACCUAAAAAGCGGGUAUUGGCAAAUACCACUGUCCCCCUCGAGCCGACCGUUAACCGCAUUCACCGUACCAGGGAAGGGAUUGCUGCAAUUCAGAGUAAUGCCGUUUGGUUUACACGCCGCGCCCGCGACGUUCCAAAGAUUGUUAGACCGGGUACUGGGCCCCGAGCUGGAACCAAACGUACUGGUGUAUUUGGAUGAUAUAAUUAUCAUAAGCCGGACGUUUGAGGAACACUUGAAACACCUCAAAGAAGUGUUCCGCCGGCUGCGGGAACAAACUUAA